AUCCAACGUCGGUGAAAAAUAGACAAUUAAAAUGAUUUGAUUGACGCCAUUUUGUCUGAUGUUUGGGUGUUUUUUCAUUCCAUUGUUUUGAAUUGGAUAUGGAAAAAAUUUCAAAAUUACUGGAAAAAUCGUUUACUUUAUAAUCGAGUAGAAUAAUUUCUAAUUAAUUUAUAAUCGUUGUAAAUAUCAUUAGUAGUUGAUCAGCUUGCAUUUUUUAAAAAAAAAAUUCAGUGUUUUAUUAUCGGAAGGGUUUUUUGUAUCACGUAUUGUAAUAUUGUAUCAUAUAGCAAAUAUUUGCUCAUCGUUGAUUUAUUGAUCGUUUGUUUGACGAUUAUUGAUUAUAAAUUAUAAUAGCGUAAGUUUUUAAUAAAUCAGAUAUAAUGAGCGAUAUUUCGACGUCAUCGAAUUCAACAAAUCUAGAUAUCGGUUUCCUACUACCCAGCGAUGACCAACUAGACGACUUGGUCGAUAAAUUAUGCGAUAAUAUGCCAACGUUAAGUAUCGCAUCGGAGACGAACGAUUCGAGGAAAAAUUCCAGCGUUACAUCGUCUACUGGAAGCGACACCGGAGACAAUUCGGAUGAAUUGAAAAUCGACCCUAACGAAGAAUCGUCGCUGUCGGCGGAAUCCAACAGCCCUGUUGAUAAUCUCAACCAUGUAGUAAAAUCAACGAAACAUUUCGAUAAACGAUCAUUAUUUAAUAACGAUCUUAAUAUAGCCAUAAUGCAGUGUUCGGGAAGUUUGGAAGUAUUGUCGGAGCGACGUAAAGUAUUAGAAAUGUUAGCUCAGCAACAUCAUAACAUGCCUACUAAUUGUAAUAAUUUUGCUUACGCUCCUCGUCUGCCCGAUUCGCCUACCAGAGUAGAUCGACUUAUGUACGAUAUUAGUCGAGAACGUUGCCGUAUCCUGGUAUUGAUUUCGAAUUUAGAUAAAACUAUUCAAUCGUUUUCAUCGAAAACUACCAAAGAUGAUUUACGUAAAUUGCUGAUAGCGUUCGGGGCUUCGAUUUUAGAUGUAAUGAAAGAGCGCCAAAGCGAGGUGAUUUUCAAUCAAAGCAACGGCACCAUUGGUGACUACGAUUCGAGUAAAGGUGUACUCAACCUAGUGGAACUGCUGGGUCAGGUGCAUCGUAUGAAUCGAGCGGUUCACACAGCCCUGUGGUGUAUCGAAAAAAAGGAGCAAGCCAGCGUGGUCUUACAAAGGAAUAUAAAUCGAACCGGUGCAGCGAAUUCCACCGCCCAACCGGCCCAACGAUCCUCCAAUCAGCUCGGAAUACCCGUACAGAAUUCCUGGCAAUGCUUGAAACCCACAUCUAUCCCUCCGAAAAGGCACAAUCCGCCUUUUAACAGAACUUCGCUCGGUGUCGCUUCAAAAAGUGCUCAACAGCCAGCCCUUCUGGUAUCUCAACCACAAACCAGCGUAUACCAGAUGCUGGCUUCGUCACAAAGUAAACCCCAGAAAGGUGUACAAGUUUAUGGUCAGGAGCAAAAAAAAGGCGACCUUUAUCAGCAUUUUUAUCCUUUGAGACAAUCUUCGUGAAUCAGGUAGGUAAGCUGCUUACCUAUUUAAUAUUAUAGGUUUAGGUAUAGGUACUCGUAUUUUUAUUUAAGAAAAUAUUCGAAACCUUAUUUAUUUUACUAAUGAAAUUACUCGAUGUAAUUUUAAUUCGUUUUUUAAAUUUAAUUUUAUAUUUGUAAGUUGAUUUUUAUGUGCGAGUGGCAAAUAAAGACGCCAUUUUGAAAUUUAUUAAUAUUUAUCAUAGUGACUUGGUUCAGUUUUUUUUUUUUUUUUUUUGUCUUGUACUUAUUGUGUUUAUUUAUUAUUAAUGUAAUUCGAAUGUAUCGAUCGAAAGAGAUAAAUGACAUUAUGAUUUUUGUGUACGAAUUGAUCGAAUCAGUAUAAAUAGUUAAAGUUGGAUUUUCAAAAUCAUUAUGAUCGCUUUACGAAGCGAAUAUUUUAUUAAAUUUUUAAAUUAAUUAUUUAUCAUCAUUACGUGUAAUUUUAACCAUUUUUUUUUGUUCUUCGUGUUCUUUUUUUUUUUAUUGGAAAAAAUUUGUAAUUCUGUUUCCAAGUAUUUGAAAUAUUUAAUGGUGUCGAGUUUGCCUUAAGUAUAAGAUACCUACGUAUUAUUUUAUGUAUACAUAUUUUAAAUAUUCGUUUGCUUUAUGAAAUGUGAAGCAGUCAUUAAUAAUUAUAUUUAUUAACGUAUUUGAGGGUCGUGUUGAUGUAAAAUUACUCGUUAUAAAUUUUCAAAAUGACUCAAUUAGUCGAAUUGGUUUUUUUUUUUUUUUUUUCUAAUUGUUAAUUUCCUUUAUUUUUAGCGGUAUAAAUUAUUUUAAAUUUUAUCGAAUUUCUGAUGGAUCGCCUGGAAGGGGAGGGGGAGAGGGGAGAUAUUAUGCACCGAAUGUGUCGAACCAUUUCGAAGUUCAGAUCGUUAUGAUCAAAUAUUUGCUUACCCUUUCUUUGUGAAAGCGAAAAGUAGCAAAAAGUAGCGUAAAGUACGUUACAUGUAAUUGCCAAAUCAGCUGGCAUAUCACGAGUAUUUCCGAAGAAUACCGAAGUACCGGCAGUACCGGCAGCGACGCCUUCUGUUAUGAACGUCUAAGUAUUAGUGACAUGACAUCAUUCGUGAUGUAAUUUAACGAUGGCAAGUUGACUAUAUCAUCGUCUCGUUGAUUAAAAUAUUCGAAAAUAAACGCAAAACCGAGGAAAACAGUUUUGCGGAAAAUGAUGAGUUGGAAUAACUAUAACAAGUCAAUCCGUGUGGAUUUUUGGGAAAAUUUGUGUAUGGAAAGAAAAAUGCAGAGGAGAGCACAUUUUAAACAUUUUAAAUAAAUCUUGAAAAGGAAUGGGUUGAUUCAAAUUAUGCAAGUGUUUGGAUUUGAAUGAACCAAGCUUGAUCGAAAAACCAUUCAAAAAUAUUCCAAAAGCUAAAAUUUAAGAUAACAGAAAAACGCGAGUAAUGCGAAGAAAUUUAUUCCCACGCAUGCGUCAUCUCGGUUACUGCAACAUUGCGCGUAAUUACCAGCCGAAUUCUCCUACAGACGAGGCUACGAAUUUGAAAAACAAAUUGAAAAUUUUUUGUUUUUCAUUUUCAGUGCCUACGAGGCUACGACAGUGAAAAGACAUGCGGCCAGGGAGACAGAGAAGUGACGAAGUUUUCCUCUACACUCUAGUACCAUAACUUAUUCGAAUAAUACUGAAACUAUUUUCAAUUUAAUUACGAGGUAUUAAUUAAUGCAUCUUUUCAACGUCCAGACUCUCGAGAUAGAAUCAAAAUACCUACUUCCUGAGCUGUUAUACCUAUAGCACUAUAGCUGGAACAAUGAUCGUGAUAAUGUUGGAAAUAACGCGCAAUUCAACGUUCUCUAACGUCUAUCUAAACUCUAUAACCUCCCCAAUGGGCAACAGCUGAUAUCGAAUUCAACCUGCCAUAAGAAGAAAAACACACGCUGGUGAUGGUAAAUUUGCAUUAAUGGUCAGCUUUGUCGAAUUACAUCGUCGAAAGUCGAAAUGAUUAGUUAGUGAUUACACUUUAUAUGUACUUUUCCAACGUCUUAUUUCUCGUACGGUUAGCUACGCUACUGACAUUACGACUUACGUUCAUUCAUCGACGACGAAUCGAACUAUAAAGCUUGAAUAAUUCAAUAAAACCCCCCAUCGUAACUCGUCGUCGUACUCGUAAGUCGUACUCGUAGCACAGCUGACGAAGAUUUUUACUAGCUUUUAUUAUGCAUUCGCACAACCUAAUUCCUCGUACAUAUAUUUCCAUCAUUCGUUCA